AUGACCAGCGAAGUGCAGACGGUGCAGCAGUCACCGGCUCCUGUGAUUCUUUUGCACCCACGAGACCCGGGAACCUUUCCUGGCACGGAUGGCUUAGAUGUCGAAGAGUGGAUCGACAUGUACGAGCGCGUUAGCGACCACAAGAGGAGGCUUGCUUAUAGGGUAGGUGAAAUGACGCUCGACGGGCGUCUUGCGCUAGUGACUGGAGGCACCAGUGGCAUCGGAGAGGCUGUCUGUCACGCUCUCGCCGCUGAAGGAGCCACGGUGGUCGUCGCUGGCAGGCGACUCGAUGUCGCCAGGAAAGUUGCCGAGUCUUUGCCAGGUGAUGCGAAACACGAGGCACUAUACUUGGAUAUCGGCGACUCUUCCUCUGUUGAGAAGCUCUUCAACAACAUUCGCAACGCAUCCUCACUGCCUCUCAGCAUCGUCGUCAACAGCGCCGGAAUCCAUGCUGCGGUGCCUCUUGUCGAGUGCACAGACGAACUGUUUGACGACAUCAUGAGGAUCAAUUUGAAGGGUGCAUUCCUGGUGACCCGCGCUGCUGGCCGCGAGAUGAUUCGUACAGCAAAGGAGUUGCCCGAAGGAGGCGCAUCGAUCGUGAAUGUAUCCAGCAUCGCGGCCAAGGGCGGCUGGAUGAACGCCUCUGCGCACGCCGCUUCUAAGGCCGGCGUCGUGGCGCUCACCAAGUCUGCAGCGCAGGAACUGUCUGAGCACGGCGUCCGCUGCAACACAGUGCUUCCUGGAUGGACAGAUACACCCAUGACAGCGCCUCUGUCCGGCGAACAAAAGGCCGCUGUCUGCUCAAUGGCGGCUCUCAAGAGAGCCGCUCAUCCUCGCGAGAUCGCUGAGGCCGUAAAGUUUCUCUGCUCACCCACGGCUAGCUCAUACAUAACGGGAGCCGUACUAGAAGUCGCCGGUGGACUGAAAAUGUGA